AUGAAUCGAAAACUUGAACUAAAAUUAUUAAGCCAUUUUUAGAGUUUGGAAGGAAAAUUAUCUUUAUUGUUCUUACACAUAUCAGAUAAUUCAGCUGGUUUCUAACAUGUUGGUAGCUUAAAAGAAUAGUUUACAGCCUUUUAUUAUAUAUGUAUGUAAAAGUAAACAAAUUUUCAUUUUAUAAAGAAUCAAUACUAUAGUAUUUCUUAAAAAUGGUACAUAAAAUUAAUCUUUUGAAUAGCAAUGUAUAUUUUGUUCAAAAUUAAAGACACAUUCAAGUUAAUAAUUGCUAUUGCAUUUACUCUUAUUUCAUAAAACAAAAUUUAGCUAUAAAUUCACCUAUUAUCAAAAUGAAAAAGUCUUACAUAUUGCUUAUUUCAGAUAAUAACCAAAAAUCUUACCUAAUGUUUUUAGACAUUAUAAAGCUAUCAAUUAAAAUUAAUUAGAUUGUUUCAUGUUCUUAACACUAUUUUCUUAAUCUAAUUCAGAAUUUUACUAAAAAAAUAGUAAUAAUUAUUAUAUUUACAAAUAGCUCUUCCUUUAGAAUAAGAUUAACAAAUCUCUAAUUUGAUGAGUUAAAAAUAAUUUUAUUGUGGUCCUUCAAAAAAUUUUAGACCUGUAUAAAGAAUUGAAGAAUUCAAAGAAUUGGAAGCUUUAGAUUUUGAAACAUUUAAAUAAAAUGAAUUAAUUUGUUUGACAAAAUCUUCACCAGAAUUUAAAGGUACUCCAAUUCAAUAGUUUAUGAUGUUGUACAAUACAAGAGUUUUAGAAGAAAGGCCAUAAUAAUUAAAAGAUUUUUUGAAGCAAUUUACGAAGUUAUAAGGUGAAUUAGCAAUCUGUUUUUAGAAUCAUUUAUUUACACUAUUAUGUUAUAGUAUGAUAGAUUAAUAAACAUUCGUUGAAUUAUCUCUUAUGAUAUAGAAAUGA